AUGGCGCGCCGCUGCAGCAUCCUCAAACAUGCCUGCUUGCUACUUACCUUUCUUGGCCCCUGGGCAUUCAUCAGGAUGCCAACAGGGAGGUCCGGGGUUGGCCGCACACUGUCAGCGCGGCGCGCUCAAGAGAAUCCAUUUGAUGUGCUUGGCCUGCCGCGUGGCACCAGCAAGACUGCCACCCGCAAGUCCUUCAGACAAAUUGCGCUUGCAGAGCACCCAGACGUGAAUCCGGAAGACCCAGAAGCAAAGGAGCGAUUUCAGAAGCUGGUGACAGCCUACAACGCCAUCAUGGGUGAUGAGAUCUUACCAGAUGAGGUCAUGGAGAUCAGGGUGCAGAUGACCAAGCGCUACCAAGAGCGAAUGAAGGAUGAGAUGCGAGCUGCCAGCGGCUUUAUGUUCAUGGGCAGCGCGCGGCUAGUUCAAGGAGUUGCUACGGUCAUAUUCUUUGGGAUUCUAUUUGCCUUAAGCCAGUCAGAUCAGGAUACCGUGACGUCUUUGCUGAUGCCUCCUCAACGGCGAGGCUUUUGA